AUGGACACUACUUGGAUUCUGUUUCUUCCACUAGGCUCUAUUGGAUGGCCUUUUAUUGGUGAAACCAUAGAGUUUGUUUCUUGUGCUUACACCGAUCGCCCUAAAAGCUUCAUGAACAAGCGACGUGCCAUGUAUGGUAAGGUAUUCAAGUCACACAUUUUUGGAAGUCCUACCAUUGUUUCAACAGAUGCAGAUGUGAACAAGUUUAUACUACAAAGUGAUGCAAAGGUUUUUGUUCCUUCUUAUCCUAAGUCAUUGAUGAAGUUAAUGGGAGAAUCUUCUAUUUUGGUCAUCAAUGGAACCUUACACAGAAGAAUACAUGGACUUAUUGGAGCUUUCUUCAAGUCUCAACAGUUAAAGAUUCAGAUUACAACAGAUAUGGAGAAAUAUGUUAAAGAAUCAAUGGUGAAUUGGAAAGAGGGCCAACCUAUAUACAUACAAGAUGAAACAAAAAAGAUUGCAUUUCAUGUACUAGCCAAGGCAUUGAUUAGCUUGGAUCCAGGUGAAGAAAUGGAGCUUCUAAUAAAACAUUUUAAGGAAUUUAUAUCUGGCCUCAUGUCUUUGCCAAUAAGCCUACCAGGAACAAAACUUUAUCAAUCUUUACAGGCAAAAAAGAAAAUGGUGAAAAUAGUGAGAAAAAUUAUACAAGCUAGAAGAAGUAAAGGUGUCACGGAAGUUCCAAAAGAUGUAGUAGAUGUGCUUCUUAACGAUAUAAGUGAGAAAUUGACCAAUGAUUUAAUAGCAGAUAAUAUCAUUGAUAUGAUGAUUCCUGGAGAGGACUCGGUUCCAGUUCUUAUGACUCUAGCUACUAAGUACCUAUCAGAAUGCCCCGAUGCUUUGCAACAACUGAUGCUUGGGGAGUCUUUGUGUUGGAGUGAUUACUUAUCAUUGCCAUUUACUCAAAAAGUUAUAACAGAAACUUUGAGGAUGGGAAAUAUUAUAGUUGGUGUUAUGAGAAAGGCCGUAAAAGAUGUUGAAAUAAAAGGGUAUUUAAUACCACAAGGAUGGUGUGUGUUUGCAAAUUUUAGAUCAGUUCAUCUAGAUGAGAAAAACUAUGAGUGUCCAUAUCAAUUCAAUCCAUGGAGGUGGCAAGAUAAGGACAUGAACAGUACCAAUUUCAGUCCUUUUGGAGGGGGACAAAGGCUGUGUCCUGGUAUUGACUUGGCCAGGCUAGAAGCUUCCAUAUUUCUACAUCACCUUGUUACUCAAUUCAGAUGGUAUGCUGAAGAAGAUACAAUAGUGAACUUCCCCACAGUAAGAAUGAAAAGAAGGAUGCCCGUCUUAGUAAACAGAAUGGAAAUUUAA